AUGAAAAAAAAUUUAAAUUUGAGUGUCGAAUUAACCACUUACCAAGAAGUAAAACGCACCAUUCCCAACGGGCAAGUUAGUUCCCUAGUUGAUAGUCUCUUAAAGGAAUAUUUCAAAAAGAAAAAAAGAGAAGAAUUAAUUGCUGGUUAUAAAUCAACCGCUAGAAGUAAAGCAAUGCGAGAAGAAGAUAAACAAGGCAAAGAAAAAGAGUUAGAAAUCGCCAGUAAGAUUAAGAAAAUUAGACCUUCCUUGAUAGUUAGCAAUGACGCCCAAAAUGAGUUUGACAUAGAGAUAAUUGUAAUUCCGUUAAGUAGUCAAGAAUUAGCAAGAAUUCGCCCUCACGAAUUACUCAUUAAGAAAAAUAAAGAAAACGGCUUGGAUGAAGACAGCAAAAUUUUAUUUAAUCGUUUACGGAAUAUUGAAAAAGAUACUCGUCUCGGAGAUGACAGGAUUGGAGUGGUAGACCAAGAGAUUAUGAAAGAAGUAAAAGAAAAGUUAAAAUUAGUGCUAGAUUUGGAGGAUUAA